AUGUCUCAACCAUGGGACUACAUCGCAAAGAUCGUCUCCCUCGGUGACUCUGGCUGUGGUAAAUCCAGCUUAACAGUCCGCCUCUGUGAAGGCCGCUUUUCUCCCCACCACGACGUCACAAUUGGCGUCGAAUUCGGCUCUCGCAUCGUCUCGGUCGGCCCGCCUGCCUCCCUCGCCCUAGGCAUCAACAACCCCUCCGCGAAGCCUUCCUCCCCCUCAGACACAACUCCUACAUCAACAAGCAAGCAACAAGAGCAGAAACACAUGAAACUGUCGCUCUGGGACACCGCCGGCCAGGAAACCUACAAAUCGAUAACGCGAUCCUACUUCCGCGGCGCAUCCGGAGCCCUCCUCGUCUUCGAUAUCACCCGCCGUGCGACCUUCUCCUCCGUUACAGCAUGGCUGCACGACCUGCGGCAGAUAGCAGAGGACGGCAUCGUGGUGGUGCUGGUGGGGAAUAAGAGCGAUCUCGCCGGGUCAUCUCUGGUCGCGCCGUCGACGGGUUCGCAGGAUCCGUCUGCGAGUGGGAAGAACGAGCGGCAGGUGACGAUCGAGGAGGCGGAGGAGUGGUGCCAGGCGAAUGAGGUCAUGCAGUACGUCGAGACAUCCGCGAAGUCCGGCGAGGGAGUCGAGCGGGCGUUUUUGGAGGUCGCAGAGCGCAUAUACCAGAAUAUCGAGGCGGGGAAGUACGAUCUCAAUGAUCGAAGAUCGGGUGUUAAGGGUCCCGGAGCAGGAGGAGGAAACACUGCGAGGACGGUAAAUCUAGGCAUGAACGAUGCGGCUAGAGGGAAGGCCUCCGGGGGAGGGUGCUGCUGA